GAAACGGUAUCUUCGUCGGCUACGCUAGGUUACCUAACUAAGAAGGGGUGUCGUCGCCUAGACCUACCUACCUAACCCGAGAGUCAUGGCGAUGGCUCCCAGGUUCCGAUUAGGAAAAACUAACGAGUCAGGAAAUUGGGUCCUGGUUUUGACAUGUCUGUUCGGGAUGGGACAGACCUUGUCACCGGAAGCUUACCCGCCCCGCGGACUUACACUUAUUAGCAACGGUCUGAGAAGCUUUGUUGGUGUCAUUUCAAUGUCAAUCAGCCCCGGCAGAACUCGAUAUGGCAUCCCAAUCGUCCCAAGUACAGAUGUUCGGGUCAGGAUUGGCAUGGGGAUGAGGAAAGACCGUGCGAGAGAUGGGGAUAGUGGUGCCAUAGUAUUUGUAUUUUAUUUUAUUUUUUCCUAUGAAUAUUUUUUAUUCGAAAUAUUUUAUUUAAUAUUUUUAUUUUAUUUCUUACCCAUGACAUUCUUUCCACCCUCGUCGAUGAGUACAUCCUCAUAUUGAUUGAUAUAACUAGGAUAUCCUCCCCCAGUCCAACGGUUGAUAACGGGAGCAUCCCCGGAUCUGCCCAAGGCUCUGGUAGCGAGUUGAAUCAUAGAUGUCUAUUCAUCAUCUAUGUCGGUUAUCUGCUGCAAGCGAACUCUUGACGUGCUGGCAGCAGAGGCGUAAAGU